AUGAAUUAUAACGAAAAAUUUGACAUAGAUAAACCAUUGUGGGAUCAGUCUACUUAUAUAGGCAGAGUCAAACAUUACUUUUUCAUUAGCGAAUUUAACACAGUCGUGAGUGAAAAAAAAUUGUGGGAGGCUAAAAAAUUUUGUGACGAUUACAAAAUGGGCAAAAUACCUCCAGGAACGGACAUGUCCGACAUUAUUCGAGCGAAACAACUUAGAGACAGUGCAUUUCAUCUAGAAACCGGCGAAUUAUUGCCUAUGCUUGGUAGAUUAUCUUAUCAGCUACCUGUAUCGGUUAUACUCACAACAGCAAUGCUAACAUUUCAAAAAAGCACCGCUGUCAUGGUAGCAUCCCAAAUGAUAAAUCAUAUGCAUAAUGCCAUUAUAAAUUACACGUACAGAAUUCCAAGGGUUAGCGAUGAUAAAAAUCAAAUGAGAAAUGCUUUUCUAUGCGCAGUAUUGGCUAGUACUAUAAUGACCGUAACUUGCAAAAAAUUGUUGUAUCAAAGGACACACUCUUAUUCGAGAUGCGUACCAUUUUGCGGAGUGGCUAUUGGUCACGUGGUAAAUUUGCCAAUUGUACGUUACAAAGAUAUCGCACUAGGUAUGCCAUUGUUCCUUAAAGAUGAAAAGACACCUCUUAUGAAAUCGAAAGUGGCGGCUUUGAAAGGCACUACUGAAUGUAUUAUCUCAAGAAUACUUAUGUCUCUACCAUGUCUACUAUUGGUCCCGGUCCUAACGCAAAAAAUUAUGACACCCUGUUUCUCUCAACGUCAACCAUGGCUUUUGGCUUUCAUUGAAACAAGCUUAUGCGCUUUCUUCUGUGCUUACGCAGUUCCAUUCAUCAUGGCGAUUUUUCCCGAACGAAAUUCUAUGAGUCCGACAUUGUUGAAGCUGUACCCGGGCGAGUAUGACAAUUUUAAGGAACUUGUGAAAAAAGAUGUAGAUAAAGUGUAUUAUAAUAAAGGAUUGUAG